CGCUGUCUCGAUGGCCUCCGAGAUCGUUCUGCCUGGACAGCCCUUGGCCUUGCCGAGAGGACCAGUGCCUCAACUCGGGACGGGCAUCUACCUGCGGGGUGGCCAAGUGCGCGCGAGUUUGAUCGGUGAACCAAGAUACCAAGGAUCCACGCUUGCGAUCCACACCGUACGGCCGCAUCCUCCAGCUCCGAACUCCGUCGUGCUCGGGUCAGUCACUCGACUGUCGCCCCUGCAAGCAAACGUAGCAAUAACCGUGGUCGACGGCGUGCCCCUGCCCGCUGGGGAGGAAUUCACCGGUAUCAUACGCGUACAAGAUGUGCGCGCCACCGAAAAGGAUAAAGUGAAGAUUGCGGAUUGCUUCAGAGGUGGCGACGUCGUGAAAGGCGUCGUGAUUUCUCUGGGGGAUGCUCGUAGCUACUACAUCACAACAGCCCGCAACGAUCUGGGCGUCAUCUUCGCUACCAGCGAAGCUGGCGCCACGAUGGAACCCGUGAGCUGGCAAGAAAUGCGAUGUCCCAAAACCGGGCGCACGGAAAAGCGGAAGUGCGCGAAGCCGGAGACCCUGCAAUAGCCAUCAUCUACGUUGUCUGUAAUCUUGUGAUAGCGCGUUACUUGCUGCAAUGCCAUCCUCAGAGUACCG